AUGAGUAUCCAGAGAAGAUUCUCUUCAGUGGAGCACCCUCAGACCAAUGGGCAAGCAGAAUCAGCAAAUAAGGUAAUCUUGCGGGGUUUGAAGCGCCGACUAUUUGAGGCAAAGGGAGCUUGGUUGGACGAACUCCCGGUUGUGAUUUGGUCCUAUAAGACAACACAACAUUCAACCACAGGGGAGACUCCUUUCAGGAUGACCUACGGGGCGGACGCCAUGCUGCCCGUGGAGAUAAACAACAGCUCUUGGAGGACAGCGCCGCAGUUCGAGGGCCAGAAUCCUUCCAACAUGGCAGUGGAGCUAGACUUGUUAUCUGAAACGCGAGACGAGGCUCGUAUCAGAAAAUCCGCGAUGAAGCAGCGAGCCGCAGCGAAAUAUGACACGAAGGUCCGCCCGAGGGCGAUGCAGGAGGGGGACUUGGUGCUUAAGAAACGAACCGGGAACACAGGGAACAAGUUGGACUCAAUCUGGGAGGGCCCUUACAGGAUUUUGAAGGUAUCAGGAAAGGGGGGCUAUCACCUCGAGAGCUUAGAUGGGAGGCGAGUUCCGCGGUCUUGGAAUGCGGCAAGCUUGAGGUACUAUUACAGUUGA